UUGACUUGACCCCAUAUUCGGCAGAGACGAUACACAAAGACAAACUUGCGCGUCGAGUCAUCCGCACAAUUCGACGUGUUUUCUCAACAAAGCAUCGCCGCGCUGAAGCCGAUUCUUUCGCCUUAAUUUCUCUGUCGCCGUCGCCGUCGCCGGUGCGCCAUUCUGUUGCAUCUCCUUUUUGAACCGUUUAUUGUUGCGAAACCUUUCAAUUCUGAGAGAGGUUGCUGUUAAUUCAUCAUUCUUCAAGCCAGGGCCCAGCACUACUUAAUUAUCAGAGGUAGCAACUAUGGUAGACUCUGGAGAUGUGUGGAUGAGGGAAUACAAUGAAGCUGUCAAACUUUCUGAUGAUAUAAGCAACAUGAUGUCAGAAAGGAGUUCACUGCCUGCAACAAGUUCUGAAUCUCAGCGAUCUACAUCCACCUUGAGGAGGAAAAUCACCAUUUUAGGAACCAGACUGGAUAAUCUUGAGUUUCGUCUAUCCAAACCUUCUGGAAAGCCGUCUCUGACACCGAAAAACCUGAAAUAUAGAGAGGACUUGGUUGCAGAUUUGAGAUCCACAGUAAAGCAGAUGGCUUCUGAGUUGAACGCGUCGAACUUGGGAAACAGAGACAGGUUACUCAGUCCUGAUGUGGCGACAGAAAGUAAACCUGACGAUGCUAGGAACAGAGCAGCUGGCCUUGACAAUGUCGAAAUAUUCGGUCUACAACGGCAAAUCAUGAAAGAACAAGACGAGGAUUUCGACAAAUUGCAGGAUACGGUGAUGAAAACCAAAGACAUUGCUCUGGCUAUCAACGAAGAACUCGAUCUGCACACAAGACUAAUUUUUGAUCUCGACGAAGGAGUUGAGGUCACCGGCUCUAAGCUACAGCAAGCGAAGAGAAAGCUGGCCAUAUUGAACAAACGGAUGAAGGGCGGGUGCUCUUGCGCGUCGUUGCUUUUAUCCGUCGUCGCCAUCGUGGUGUUGAUUGUGGUGGCGUAUAUGCUGAUCAAAUAUUUGUGAAGCAUGAAAUUGGCGCCAUAGUUGCUAUGGAGGUAAGUAACGGUUGUUAUGUUUGAUCGAAUCCAGCUUAUAAAAAAUGUUUAGUUAUGCUCAAAGUAAAUAUGCACACGAUGGAUCACUAUUUUUGUUUUUCACUUUUAUGGUGCGUUUGAAUUCAAGUUGUGUUAUUAACAUCACAUCACAUGGUCGAGAGUAGAGAUGGGAUCAAUGCGUGAUUGAUUUAUAUAUAUAUAUAUAUAUGUAUGAUUAUUAUUUAUUUAUCAAUUAAUGAGAUUGAUUGUUAGGGCUUAGGGUCACUAAUUUUGUUAUUAUUAAUUAUUAAUAUAAUUAUUGACCAAAGUGGUUUUUGUCGGGUAGCAGGAGUAGGGCAGUAGUAGCAGACCAGCAGUAGGAGGUAGGUAGGUAGAUAGGUAGGUGCCUUAGCUCAGCUGUGACUUUAUUUUUAUUAUUAUUAUGUUCUUAGUUCUAUUGAAAAAUUGUUAUUUUUUAUUUUUGUCUAUCCCAAAAUAAGAUUACCAUUUAAUUUAAUAAUUGUACUACUUAUCUAACAUAAUAAAUAUAAUUUUUAACUUACAAUA